UCCGCCUCGAGUCUCGCAGCGCUGUCGGGAUGAGACAUAUGCCGGGGAAUGCUCUGCAUGCGAGGUGCAUUUAGGAGGAACACCAAGAUUCAGCUCCCGGCCGUCACCGCUUGCUUUUAUUGGUACAUCAUUUAUGCGUGUUAGUGCGCUGGGAUAAUAUAGUUUUGUAUCCUAGUAAUAAAGAGAUGACGUAGAUAUCUUCCUGAAAUAUUAGUCUACAUUCAACCAAAGCCUAUAGCACUCACAUCAUCACAGACACUUGAGGUUACCAUAAGGACAGAAGUGAAAUGUGCCCCGGACGCCGCAAUCCGAGAAGCGCGGUGGUGAUGAAGGUCGCUCUGCUCUCCUGGGAGCUCAGCCUGGCCAUCUUCCUCAUCUCUUCCCGUGCGCAGAUGUGUGCAGGCCAGUUGGAAAAUGCCUACUUCCUUCCGGAAUUUGCGCUCUCCCCCCAGGGGAGUAUCCUGGAAGACACGAUCGGCGAGGAGCUCGUGACGUAUCGCUAUGACGAUCAGGCCUCAAGGAUGACACGCUCAGAUGAGGACGGCAAUGGCGGCUGGGACGCCUGGGGAGGCUGGAGCGAGUGCUCCCGGACCUGCGGGGGCGGAGCCUCCUAUUCCCUGCGCCGGUGCCUCAAUGGAGAAAGCUGUGAUGGGAGGAACAUCAGGUACCAGACGUGCAGCAACACUGACUGUCCCGCCGAGUCCGGGGACUUCCGAGCCCAGCAGUGCUCCGCCCACAACGACCUGAAGUACCAGGGCCACACCUAUGAGUGGGUCCCGGUGACCGACGACCCCCAUGCCCCCUGUGCCCUCAGGUGUCAGGCACGGGGUACAGCCCUGGUGGUGGAACUGGCCCCCAAAGUCCUGGAUGGGACCCGCUGCACGGCAAGCUCACUGGACAUGUGCCUCAGCGGGGUCUGCCAGGAGGUGGGCUGUGACCGCCAGCUCUGGAGCGACGCCAAAGAAGAUGGCUGCGGGGUGUGCGGGGGCGACGGCUCCACGUGCCGGCUGGUGAGCGGGCAGGCCUCCCUGCACAUCACGGCGGAUGAACCGCUGAAGACUGCGGUUGAGGUUCCUCUGGGCAGCCGUGGUGUGGGGAUCACAGCCAAAGGAGCAGGCCUCGUUAUAAUCGAGUCGCACAGCCUCUCAGGGCACAGAGAGCUGCACAGUUUCAGCUCCCCGGGAUGGUACACCAUAGAGAACACUGCCGUGGACUUCCAGAGAGACGCCGACAAGCAGACGAUAAUGGCCCACGGACCCCUGAUGGUAGACUUCAUUGUUAAGGUCAAGUCCACGGCCCCUAGUGACACACUGGUCCAGUUCAUGUUCUACCAGCCCAUCCGAUACCAGUGGAGAGAGACUGGCUUCUUCCCCUGCUCCGUCACAUGCGGCGGAGGUUAUCAGCUCAAUUCGGCCGAGUGCACGGACAUCCGGCACAACCGCACUGUGCCAGAGCAGCGCUGCCGCAGUCACCCUGAGAACAGGAAGCCGAAAGCUAAGCUGCGGGAGUGUAACAUGGACGCCUGCCCAGAAAGUGAUGGCUUCAAGGAGGUGAUGCCCUACGACCACUUCCAGCCCUUACCGCGCUGGGAGCACAGCCCCUGGACGGUGUGCUCAGUGUCCUGCGGCGGCGGAACCCAGGAAAGGGGCGUGGCCUGCGUGGAGGAGGAUGUGCAUGGCCAGGCGACCCAGGUGGAGGAGUGGAAGUGCAUGUACUCGCCGCGGCUGCCUGUGCAGCAGCACUGCAACAUUUUUGACUGUCCCCAAUGGACGGCCUUGGACUGGUCUCAGUGCACGGUUACCUGUGGGCGUGGCUUGCGUUACAGAGUGGUUCUGUGCAUUGAUCACAGAGGGCAGCACGCCGGGGGGUGCAGCGCCGGGCUGAAGCCUCCCGUUAAAGAAGACUGCCUGGUUCCCGUUGCGUGCUACAAGCCCCAAGAACAGCUUCCUGUGGAAGCCAAGCUGCCCUGGGUGAAAGAGGCUCAGGACCUUGAGGAGCCACGGUCCGCUUGGGAAGAGCCCAUGUUCAUUCCUGGGCCAUGGCAGCCCUGCAGCGCCACCUGCGGGCCGGGCCUCCAACAGCGGGCGGUGAAGUGUCGGAUCCUGCUGGCCUUCUCUCAGGCUGAGGUGGACCUGCCGCAUGAGGAGUGCCAGGAUGAGAGGCCUGUGUCUGAGAGGGCCUGUCACCUGAGGCUCUGCUCUGGGGUGCUGGGUCCCAGGCGGCCUCUGCUCCCACUCUAUGAAUGGCAGUAUGUCGGCUUUACCAGCUGCUCCUCAUCCUGCGCCACUGGGAUGCAAGAGGCAAUCGUUAGGUGUGUGGACAGAGGGCAGGGUGAGCCGGCAGAUGACUCCUUCUGUGAUGCUUCCACGCGGCCCCCAGAGAUGACCCGGGCAUGUAAUCCCGGCCCCUGCCCCCCAGGGUGGGAGCCCAAACCCUGGACGCCAUGCACCAGCACGUGCGGAGCGGGGAUCCGCUCGCGUGUGGUGCCGUGCAACCGGCUGGUGUCGCUGACGCCUGCUGUGACGGUGACGGUUGCCGACGAGGAGUGCGUGGAGCCCAAACCGCCAGUGCUGCAGUCCUGCAGCCAGAGAGACUGCCCCCCCUCCUGGCACGUGGGGGAAUGGCAGGAGUGCUCCCACACAUGUGGUGGAGGGACUCGGUCCCGAAAGGUCCACUGCAAACAGCUGCUCCGCGACGGGGGGGUCAGGAAGCUGGCAGACACCUCCUGUGCUGGGACCAAAGCCGCAGUCCAGGAGUCCUGCGCCAGGACAGACUGUCCCGCCCAGCUGGCGGGGGGGGAGUGGUCUCCGUGCUCUGUCAGCUGUGGCAUAGGGGUCCAGACCAGGGAGCCCAUCUGUCGCAGGCGGACAGCCGCGGAGCAGCACGUCACGCUGGGUCCGGCCGCCUGCAGUGGCUUGCACGCCCCGCCCCUCGUCCGGACCUGUCGCGUGAGCGCCUGUGUCGAGCAACAGGGAGAGCAGAGACCCAAGCUGUCUCAGAAGCGAGACCCAAGCAUCCUGGGCCUGCACCGCAUCUACAUCCAGACCCAGCAGGAGAAGCGUGUCCACUUCACUGUGGGGGGUCGGGCCUAUUUGCUCCCCAGGACCUCUGUGGUCAUCAGGUGCCCAGUGCUCCACUUCCAGAAGGCCCUCAUCCGGUGGGAGAAGGACGGGCGGGCUCUUCCGAGCUCUCUGCGUGUUGCCGUCACCAAAUCCGGUUCCUUGAAGAUCCACAGCCUGGAGGCUGGGGAUAUCGGGGUGUACCGCUGUGUGGCCGGGCCGGUUGCGGAGACCUUCGUCCUGAAGCUGAUCGGGAACCGUAACAGGCUGCUUGAGAUGGGCAUGGAAGCCGAUCGCCCAGGCGGGCACCUAGAGGAGAAGUGGAACCAGACAAAUAUGAUGUGGCAGGUCGGGAACCGGAAGAAUAAAUUCUACCUGGAUGAUGGCCAGAGCCAGGAACGGGCCUUCCUGCAGGUUCUAAGCAGGUACCUGUCCAGCUUGACCGCUCCGGGUCGCCCCGUGCAGGACAAAAUCCUUCAAGGCGCCCACAGCUUGGAGCCAAAGCAGUUCGAGGAGCUGGUGAGGAGCCUUGGUCGGCUUGUCGGGAAAGGGGACGUGACCGAAGGGCCCCGGGCAGAGCUGGGGGAGGACGGCACCACGACCAAGGCUUCCGACAAGAACUCGACAGAAGGUGCCGGCGAGGGGAGCACCGGGAGACGCGAGAAGCCAGUCAUCAUUCGGCAGAAGCAGCAGCUCCAAGUGACUUUCGAGAAAACCGUCAACAUAAGUGUCGGGGGAAGCGUGUUUCUGACCAACGCCACGCAGACUGUCUUUCUGUCAUGUGUAGCGCGGGGAGUGCCAAAAGCAGCAGUCUUCUGGAUCAAGGAUGGAGGCCCUGUACAGCCUUCAGAAAGGGUAUCAUGGGAUAGUGCUGGAGUCCUGCACAUCUCCAAACCCGGCGUGGGAGAUGAGGGCGAGUACAGCUGCAUGGUCACCAAUGAGCUGGGCUCUGAUACUGCGACCUCCCGGUUGCUGUUCGCUGAACCCCCAAUAAUCAGAGUCACCUCAAGGGACAUGUCUGACCUGGAGGGUGCCACCCUGCGGGCCAUUGUGGGGGGGCAGCUCAGUGCUCGUCACGGGGCCAACAUCACCCUGGAGUGUCCCGUUACAGGUGUCCCGCAACCUUCAGUGACCUGGAGCAAGGAUGGAGGUGACCUGCCCCCAAACGCUGUCCCUCUGAGGAGAGGCUCUUUAUUCCUCCACAACGUUUCCAUGGAGAAUGUUGGAUCCUACUUCUGCUGGGCCUCCAGUCCGCUGGGGAGGUCUGUGGCCUCCAGCCUCCUGCUGGUGUCGGGGGCUGCCCAGGGCAGGGCAGAGCGGCCACACAGGAGCCAGAAGAGGGUGUUGAUGGCCUCUCAUGUGGGUACUGAGGUCACUGCCAGACACGGGGACAUCCUGCGGAUAGGGUGUCCAAUCCUCCCCAACCACACCCAGGCCAUCAGGUGGACCUUCCAGAACCGCACCCUGCUGGUUACCCACGGCCCGCAGCACAGGAGGCUGGCGGGGGGGCGCUUGCUGGAGGUGAACACGCUGCUGGCCAGGUCCAGCGGCACCUACGCCUGCCAUGUACCUGCAGGCCACCAGAGGGCGUCGGCCUGGGCCCGUGUCCGCCUGGAAGAGUUGACCUGGAGCCCAGGAGAGUGGACCGCUUGCAGUGCCACCUGUGGGUCAGCUGGGACCCGCUCCUGGAAGGCUCACUGCGUCGGCCCUGGGGGAGAGGAAGCUUCCCCGUCGGCAUGCCAUCACCUCCCCAGGCCUGAGAAGAGGCCUCAGCCCUGCAAUGUACAAGACUGUCCUCCGAGCUGGGGGGCCACCUUGUGGUCUGGCUGCUCCAAUUCCUGUGGUGGUGGAACCCGGCGUAGGCAGGUGUCCUGCCAGCAGCUGAGCUCUUCCGGCAGGGUCACAACCCUGGCUGACUCCGCCUGCUCCGGAACGCCACGUCCUCUCCACGUUGAGGGAUGCCAUGGACACUCUUGCCCAGGCUGGUUUGUGGGCCCCUGGGGGCAGUGCUCCGGACGGUGCCUAGGCCCUGCCUCAGCGAUCCAGAGCCGGCCAGUGAUUUGCAAGCAUCACAAUGGCUCCACCCUCCCCGAAUCUCACUGUGAUCACAGGAACAGGUUAGCCUCCACGCGGAACUGCAUGUCCGAGCAGUGCAAUGUGCAGUGGAGGGUAGGGCCCUGGAGAGCAUGCAGUGCAGCCUGCGGCAGCGGGAUCCAGUCACGCAGGGUGGAAUGCAUCCACAGGAGGACAGACAGGACCCUGGUGCACCAGCGCUGUGGGUGGCGGCGACGGCCAAUCACAUGGCGGCACUGUGUCAUCACUUCCUGUGGCGGUGAAUGUGUAGAUUCGACCCAUUACUGUGCUGCCGUGAAGGAGCUCAGCCUGUGUGUCAUAAAUCUGUACCAGCAGAGGUGCUGUCGGUCCUGCCAGGGGAAGGAGACUCCGCCCAUGCAGUGACAAGAUCUGGGAUUGGUCGAGGCACUAACUGGACGGCCAAUGAAAAUAAUGGACUGUGUAAAAAGAUAGACUAAUGUUCUACCACUAACAUCAGCGCUUGUCAAUAAUAUUGCUGUAUAUAUGAGGUGUAUGUCUUUUGCGUCUGUUUUUUAAGAAGAUGGUGAAGAGAGACGUGAUUUGUUUUUAGCGUAGGGCAGAGGAUGACCUAAGCAAGAGGCCCUGACUGAUCCUUCCUAGAUGCCUUUAAUGUCAUCACAUCUCCCUCACGUUUGCUGGAUGGUCUGAUGAACUUCCUGCAUUGCCAUCGCACCUGUACCAUGGCGGUAUUGUUUUCCAGUUCAAGGUAAUAUUAUAAUUGUGCUGUUUAUAUCUGCUGCCAACAUAAUGCUCUCACCAUAGCAGAGGCUCAGCGCCCAAAGCUACUAAGCCUGGCUUGAUAUUAUAAUGGAGUUCAGGUUGAAAUGGAACUAAAGUACAACAGCUGAGCCCCUCGUGAAGCAGCAGCCUUCAGACAGACCAUGGUGUUUGAUGGAGAUGCACAACAGGGCAAUGUGUCAAAUCCUGUGAGAUGACAGGAAAUGGUUAAACCUCUUUGAUUAUGUUAAGAAAGGCAUUGCAAGAAAGUUCUGUAUUAUAGAAUAUAUUCAGUAUUUCACAGCACUGUUUCUAUGCCUGUAUAUAAUGUUUGACAGUACACUGUAUAAAUCCCACUGCAAAAAAGUAACACAUGGUAAAUUUUUAACGAAUUAGCCAAGUCUUAUUUUAGGUCCAAACAUUUGCUAAACUAAACACAGAAGAGAAAAGGGCCUGUGGUUAUGUGCUGAAUUUUAAAAAGUGUUUUGAAAUGACAUUCUUCUCCUGGAAACCUGCCUAACUGGCACCACAUCGUUCACUGCAUGUCUGGUUCAGUUCCUAUCAAGCUGAGGACGAUGUGUUCGGUGGGAAUCCACAGUGCUUGCAGAUGUGAACUGCUUGAACUUUUUUUGCGGAGACAGAAUGUGACAAAAAACUUAUUUCCGUGCCAGUUAGAUUGCUUUACAAAGAUUUUACAAACUAAAAUGAAUGUUAAAAUGUAUUAUGAACAAAUCAAAAGGUGAAUAAUGUUUCUCAGUGUUUUUGGAAGGGACAGACUGUAUGUGAGGGAUCUCAGAAAGGUGCAUGGAUUUCAUCCGGCCACCAGGGGUCACCCUCACUGGCAGCUGGUGCAUUCCUAGUAAUGGCCUUGUGUCCUUUUUUCAAUUGUGUUUCAAAACCUGCCUUUUAUGUAGGACUCUUAAAAGUGCAAUAUUGUACCCUGUGUGUUAACUGGCACUUUAUUUUCUUAUAACCAAAACCUGAAGAUUGAUGUAUCUUUCUGCUCUGUAUCUGAGAUUUAAGGCCGAGCACCUUCCAAGUGUAGUGUGACUUCCGGAGGCAUCUUCCUGGCCUGAACUUCCUGUCUCUGCUUCUGAUUAGCAGGCUAACCUGCUGUUAGGCACUGGGUCCUGUCAGAGAAACUGUAUUAACAAAAUAAAGACCAUAUUACCACCAAAUCCACUACAAACCUUGUAUACGCUCUUUAUUUUUAAUACUAUCCAAUAGCAAUUUUUGUGCAUGUUUAUAAAAUAUGUGAAUACACUUGUGGUAAUGAAUUCAUAUCCCGCCUUAUUUAAUUCUAAGCUUGGCACAUAUUAAUUAAGCUUUCCUUUGAAUAUUUCAAUACGUAAUGCUAAAACUGUACUUGACAUUUGUUCUCAUUAUAAACAUGUCAAAUGUAUUGAAUGAAAUCAUGUCCAAAUGUAAUACAGAAAGACAAAGAAUGGUGCUUGAGUAAAAUCAAUGUAAUGAAGUUAAUUGUUAAUGCUGUAAUAUGUUGCAGAAAUAUUUCUUGUAAAUAAACAUUGACCUGUUGAUGUUUUUCCAUUA